AAGGGUUUGCGGUAGGACCUUUCAAUGGGUGUUUCUUUUGCUUUGUUUUUGUUUAGUUAACACAGGCAUAAGUCAUAACGACUUUUAUCACACGAAAUAAAUUCAGAAUGGUCAAUUAUGCUGUUAUUUAUAUUUUCUAAUUAAGAUAUUAUUUUAUAAAUGGCUUUAGAAUUGUGAUAUUGUGAAGAUAAUGAUAACGGAGCUCCAACAAAAACACAGGAACCCUUUAGUAUUCCUAGAUAUUUUAAUUGAUGGAGAGAAAGCCGGGAGAAUUGUGAUAGAAUUAAGAUAUGAUGUUGUGCCUAAAACUGCUGAGAAUUUUCGUGCCUUAUGCACAGGAGAAAAAGGGAUUGGUAUUCAUGGAAAAGCACUACACUUCAAAGGAGUUAGAUUUCACAAAGCGAUCACACAAUUCAUGAUCCAGGGUGGUGAUAUCAUACAUGGUAAUGGUACCGGCGGUGAGAGCAUCUACGGCCUGACCUUCGAAGAUGAAAACUUCAAGCUUAUUCAUGAAGCAGGUGUCCUCAGUAUGGCGAAUGCUGGGCCAAAUACGAACGGAUCACAAUUUUGCAUCACCAGUGUGCCUUGUCCACAACUAGAUGGCACUAACGUAGUUUUUGGACGGGUGCUGGCUGGCCUGGGGAUAGUUCAGGAGAUACAGAGCCUGUCCAGUGACGAUACGCCCUCGGUCGAGUGUGUGAUCGAUGACUGCGGUGAGAUAGUGGACCUGGAUACAUGGGAUGUUUGCUGUCAGGAUGGAACUUUGGACAGAUUGCCGGAACAUCCCGAGGAUAUGAGAACAAACCUCACUAUGGACGAGCUCGUUGAAAGUAUUCGCCGGGUGAAGGAGAGUGGUAAUGAUCUGUUUGGUGCGGGACGGUAUAAGGCCGCUGCGAGGAAGUACCGGAAAUGUAACAGAUACGUCACACAGGCACAGGAAGUGGCAGCCAAGGAGGGGGAUAAGUACCUGAGCGAGCUGUCCUCGUGCGGUCGUCACUGUUGUCUCAACCUGGCGGCGUGUCAGUGCCGUCUGAGGGACUACCGCGCCGCCCUGAGCAGCUGCGAUCAGGUACUCGACGUGGACCCCAAGAACGAGAAGGCCCUCUAUCGCCGCGGUCAAGCAAACUACGCCCUGAAGAACUACGAGGCGGCUCUGAGCGAUCUCAAGCUAGCGGAUAAAGUUUCCCCGCGGAACAAAGCCGUCCAGAAGCUACUGGAAGAGGUCCGCGCGUCCAACAAAAACUACAACGACAUACAAAAGCAGCGGCUGUCAAAAUUUUUUCGUGACCAAAAAGAAAAAAACACAACGUUCGGACAUCACUGAGAUAAGAUUGAAUGUAGUUAUAUAUAAAGUGUUCUGACCACAGAAAUGUACGAAUGUGAUUCACUGAGCGUCGGACGGAGCGGUCCCUGGACCGGGGCGAUGCAUUUAAAUUGAUCGGAACUAGGGGUUCAGUGCUUUAUUUUAAAUAUCCGAGUAUAGUUAGUGAUAGUGUCGUCAUAACUAAAGGUAUACUUGCUGAGCACUGCCAAGUGAACAACGUCGGUUCCGGAGCGUUCCUUCAUAUUUAUCUUACUGAUUUAGCUAAUUUUAUUUUUUAGGUAAAUUGUUACGUCAAUUACGCUAUACCAUGCGGGUGAUGCAAUAUUGGCUCUAUUUAUAAGACAAUAAAGUCCCAAUUUACACGUAUUGGCUUGUUAGUUAUAGUUUACAUUGUUGACGAGAGAUGGUGCUUUCGUGUAACAGGCGGUUCAUUACGCCGCGUCGUAUUUUUAUUUUAAUAUAAUUAAUUACAUAUAUGAUUAUUAUUAUUAUUUUUAUAUUACUUCGUUUUAUCAAAAUUCGUGUAGCAUUCGAAUAAUACGACAAAUAUUGUUAUGAGAGUUUUGAAAUUUUCUGAUGAACUCAUAAUAUUUUCAGAAAAUCAAUUAAACAGCAAUAAUCCUUGUUUAUUAUCGAAACAGAAAAUCAAUAUUUAAGUAUCUUUCGAUUACACGUUUUCAAUGUUCGCUGAUCUCUUAUAUGAAUGUAUUGAAUAUUUUUUUUACGGAUUAUUGUCGCGUGACUUAUAUUUUUGGAUUUAGUUUUUUACAUGAUUAUUCUGUAUGUGUUUUUUUUUUAAAUUCCUAACAUUAUUGUAUACGAGGAGACGUUACUUAGUGAUCGCGAGUGAUAUUUAGUACUGUAGAUUAGGAACUCCAUUGCAGUGUUCGGUUUCGGUAGGUUUUAAGUCGAACCCGUCACCUCCGCGCACAUCCCGUUCACUCAUGUUCAAAAAUGACAACGUAUUUAGCAAUUCGCUCCCGAUAUUGCGCAGUUUGAUACUCAAUGUGAUACUUGGUGUCCGACUCGACGUGGCUAGGUUAAGAGUUUUACAUUCACAUAUGCUGUUUGCAUGUUUAUAUAUUUAGAGAAUAGAUCGCGGAGCCGACCCGCCUCGCCACCGAGGCGGCGGCGUUGUUGAUAUUACAAUACUAGUUUUAUAAUGUACAGUGCGCCGCGUGUUGACAUGUGUACGGCGCGGACGACUGUACGUCGCUUUGUCAGUUUUGACGAUAGUAGCUUUAAAGUAUCCAGCAGUGGAGCUAACAUAGGCAUAAGACAUUAACAUCUAAACCAGUCGCCGGCCACAUCACGACUGUCGCCGUUGUAUGAUUCCACUGAUUGGAUUAUUUUUUUUUGUAAUAAGUAUAUAAUAAAUAUACCGGGAUUUGA